AUGAUAUUGGAAUAUGCCAAUGGGGGAAAUUUAAGAGAUUAUUUAGGAAACAAAAGAAAUUUUAUUUCAUUACAAUGGAAAGACAAGAUCCGAAUGGCAUUGGAUAUUACUUCUGGAUUGAUGUGUUUACAUAAAGAUAACAUAAUUCAUAGAGAUUUGCAUUCAAAAAAUAUAUUAGUUCAUAAUAAUAGAUUGAUGAUCGCGGACCUUGGAUUGUCUAAGAAGAUUACUGAGGUUACAACAACUUCAAAAUUUGAAGGAAUGGCAGAAUAUAUUGACCCACAAUGUUAUAUAAUAGAUAAGUAUAUAAGAGACAAGAAGUCAGAUAUAUAUAGUUUAGGCGUCCUAUUAUGGGAAAUCACAAGUGGACGCCCCCCGUUUUCGAACUUUGAUAAUAGAUUCACAUUGAUCUAUCAACUUAUUAAUUCUCAAAUUAGAGAAAGCCCAGAAGAAAAUACACCUUUAAAAGAAUCAAGUGAAGCAUUAAUUGAGAUUUCUAAAGUUUAUAUAAUUCACAACGACACCGGUCCUACGAAAUCUCUCGAUUUUGAUCGUAUUAUAGAAUCUCAUAGGCCAAAGUCACGAGCAAUUUUCGAUUAUCUUAUUAACAAUCCAACAAUUGAUCAUUAUGACGUCAUGAUUGGAAUUUUUCAUUAUCAUUAUUCUGAGAGUGAAAAAUAUGAAAAAUUCUAUCAAUGUGUUAUGAAAGCGAGUGAAAAUGAUGAUAUUUAUGGUCAUUUUGAACUUGGACGUUGUUAUUAUCACGGUUAUGGUACCGAAAUUGAUAGUAAUAAAGCAAUUGAGCUUUUUGAACGUUCUGGAUUAAAUAUAGCUUUAUAUAGACUUGCAGAUCAUCAUAACCAAUGUGGCAAUUUACAAGAAGCAUUUGAAUUAUAUACAAGAUCUGCUGAAAAGGGAUACGUUAUAUCACAACAAAUAGUAGGCGAAUUCUAUUACUCUGGUAGAGUUCCUCAAAAAGACCAUGAAAUUGCCUUAAAAUGGUAUAAAAAAUAUCAAAAUGGCGGUGGGAUCAAUGAUGUUGAAGAAAGGAUUAAAGAUAUAGAUGAUUAUUUAAAUAAGAUGCAUUUAGCAAUAGGGGUUUUUAAUUUUUUAACUAAAAAAUUUAUUCGUCCAUGA